AUGAUAACAGAUGAUGGUGUUCAAUUAAUAUGUCGACCAUAUAAUUCAUUUCCAUAUUUACCGACAUUUUUUUCCGAUAACUAUAUGAAUUUUAAUAAUAUGGAUGUAGAGUGGGAAGAUUUAUUGGAUGUUGUUAAAGAUAGUUUUCGUGAUUGUGUACCAACAGUCAUAACUGUUAAUAUAGAGAAACAACAGUUAAUCAAUCGUUAUAUGAUGUCAUGCUCACCUAUUUCAACAAAAGUAAUUCCUAUUCAUCGAUUUGUUGAUGGUUUUCCAGAUUGUGCUGGUGCAAUGGAUGAAAAACAAAAUAUUGAUGUGUGCUCAUUAAAUUUACCACAUCGAGUUGUUUGCCCUUUAUCACUUCAUCUAUGUAUUACACGAUAUAUGCUUAAAAAUAACAUCCGUGAUUGUCCAGAUGCAAGCGAUGAAAAAUUUCCUCCACAAUGCAAAGCUGACGAUAUAUAUUCACGUAAUUGUGAACGUUUACGAGAUGAUCAAUUAUUGUCAUUUAACGAUAGUGUGUUUAUUCCGUCUAAUAUAUGGUCAACGAUACCCAUGGAUUUAUUGUUUUCGUUAGAGGAUGCAUUGAAACCAAUUCAAUUAAAAUCUUCAUCAUUAUCUCAAUUUGCUGUUUGGGGUUGUCAUCGAGGUAUUCUCAUUGAUGAUAAUAAUACUUGUUUAUGUCCACCUUCUUAUUAUGGAAAUCGAUGUCAAUAUCAACAAGCACAUGUAUCUAUAAUUAUUCAAGUGAUGAAAUCAACUUAUUUUGAUCAACAAUAUGAUUCAUUUUCUUUGGUUAUAAUGCUCAUCCAUAAUAACAAUCAUUCCGAAACAAUUAUUAGUUCGGAAUAUAUUUAUUAUGUAUCUCGUCUUGAUUGUCAAAAAAAAACUGUGAUCACAUUACCAUAUCCACGUUAUACAACAACAUUCGAUCGCAAAAAUAUCUAUGUACGUAUUGAUGCAUUUGCUAUUCGCCAAAUGAUUAGUAAUUAUUGGUCAUCAUGGAUUUAUCGUCCUUUAUCUUUUACAUUUCUACCCAUUAAUCGACUUGCUAUUCAACUUUUCAUACCUGAAAAACCAUCUCAUCGCUUUGUGUGUGAUUAUUGUUCUCAUCUUAAUAAUCAUCAGUGUGUUUUAUCAAUUAAUAAUAAUCCAUCACAAAUUAUAUGUAUUAUUAAUAAUGAUCAAUGUCAAUAUACAUGUUCAACUGGAUCGGCUUGUGUUACACCUAAUAUUUGUGUUUGCAGUCAAGGACGACUAGGACCUCAAUGUCGUGUUUCAUUUGAUAUUUGUAAUUCAAAUCCUUGUAUGAAUAAUGGUCGUUGCAUACCAUUAGAUGAACGUACAAUAACACAAUACCAAUGUUUAUGUGGAGAACAUUUUUGGGGACCGAAUUGUCAAUUUAAUAAAGCAAAAAUAAUAAUAAAAUUUUCACAAGAACAACAAAUACUUAAUACGGAAGGUUUCCUUUUUCAUUUUAUUAAUAUUAUGAAGGACAACGAUACAUUACGAUAUACAAUCUUCAGAAAAAUUUCAUCAGAUGUUAUUCAUAAUGGUCUGAUCAUUUAUAAUAUAGAAGAACGUAGGGUGAUAGUAGAUAUUGAAUCUGGUUAUUAUUUACCGAAUAUGUUACAAAUUGUAAUUGCACAAUCAUUUGGUAGAAAUGAAAAUGACCGAGAAAAUUUUUAUUUUGUGACGAUUAAUUAUGAUUAUGCUGGUAUUUUCAAGGAUUAUUCUGGUAACAUUCAAAGCCACACUCGAUGUUUACAUAUACGAGAACUUCGUUCUAUAAAUAUGAACUAUAAAAAUAUAAUUAAUAUUAAUAAUACAUCUGAUCAUCAAUUAAUAUGUAAAAGCAACAGCAAUUUACAAUGUUAUUCUGAUGAUUUUAAUUUAUGUUUAUGUUAUUCAAAUUUAGAUUUAUCUUAUCUGUAUUCGCAUUGUUUUCCAAUGAAAAAAACUGAAAUGUUUAAUUGUGAUUUAAAACAAAAUAUUUGUGAAAAUGAAGGUAUUUGUGUUCAAAACUUUCGUCAAUGUCCAACGGAAACAUUUUGUUUGUGUCCUGUUUGUUCAUAUGGUACAUAUUGUCAAUUUUCCGUUCAUAAUUAUUCAUUAUCACUUGAUGCUUUACUUGGUCCAUAUAUUGAUACAUCACCAUUAAUUACAAAUAUUUAUUUAAUCAUUAGUCUUGUUAUGAUUUCUUUUGGAAUUAUUUUUAAUAGUUUAUCUACAAUAACAUUUAUCCAUUCAAAUACACGUAAAGUUGGUUGUGGAAUUUAUCUUUUGUAUUCAUCAUUAUUUAGUAUUGGAACAUUAAUUAUAUUUUCUAUUAAAAUGAUCUAUCUUAUUAAAAUUCCUUCAUCAACAAUACCAAACUAUAUAUCAUGUUUACUUAUGGAAUUUUUUCUUAAAUAUUUACCUCAAUGUGCAACUUGGUUGAAUGUUUGUGUAUCUAUUGAGAGACUUAUAAAUAUUAUACUUGGUAUCAGUUUUAAUCAGAAAAGAAGUCAAUUAAUUGCUCGAUGGCUUGUAUGGAUAAUUCUGUUAUUCAAUAUACUCAUUACAAUUCAUGAUCCAUUACAUCGACAUGUUUUUAUUGAACCAGAAGGUAAACGAGGUUGGUGUGUAGUAAAAUAUCCAAGUGCAUCUUGGUUUAAUAAAUAUAAUUCAAUAAUGGAUAUUAUUCAUCUUAUAUGUCCAUUUUUUGUUCAUAUUAUCUCAUCUUUAAUAGUUAUAAUUAAAACUACUCGAGCUAAACAAAUAAUAAAAAAAGAAAAUGAAAAAUUUAUUUGGUUACAACAACUACGUGAACAUAAACAUCUUAUUAUUGGUCCUCUUUUCUUAGCAUUAUUUGCUUUACCACGUUUAAUCGUUUCUUUUCUUUAUGUAUGUAAUGAUCAUUAUUAUAGUGGAACUGGAUCAACAUUUACAUUGGUUUAUUUAACUGCAUUUUUUGUCUCAUUUAUUCCACAUACAGCAAUACUAUUCAUUUUUGUAUUACCAUCUCAUCUUUAUAAAACUACUCUUUUUAAUUCACUCAAACGUUGCCGUACUUUGUCUCAAUAA